CCAUUUUCCCCCCCGGCCCCGCGCGCUGCUCUCCCUCUCCUCCCUCUCACCUUCUCGCCAUGUUCUCCUCUGUGCUGCAUCUGGCCCGCGCCAACCCCUUCCACGCCCCCCGCUUCCAGCUGGUGCCAGACACCGGGGCUGCGGGGAGCGAGGCGGCAGCGCCAGGCCCCGGCCUGGGCUCGGCAGCGCGGAUAGAGAGCCCCGUGUCCGCGCCCCGCAGGCGCCUCGCGGCCGCCGCCGCCUCAGAGGACCAGGAAGAGUACAGCUGCGAGUACGGCUCCACCAAGUUCUUUGCCCUCUGUGGCCUGGGAGGGAUCCUUAGCUGUGGUACAACACACACAGCGGUGGUGCCAUUAGAUCUGGUUAAAUGCAGACUUCAGGUGGACCCUAACAAGUACAAGAACAUCUUCAAGGGGUUUUCAAUCACAGUAAAAGAGGAUGGUGUCCGCGGUUUGGCCAAGGGAUGGGCUCCGACCUUCAUCGGCUAUUCAAUGCAGGGCCUGUGCAAGUUUGGUUUCUAUGAAGUCUUCAAGAACGUCUAUGGUGACCUGCUUGGUGAGGAGAAUAGCUACCUCUGGCGUACAUCUCUAUAUCUCGCUGCAUCUGCCAGUGCUGAAUUCUUUGCUGAUAUUGCCCUUUCUCCAAUGGAGGCUUGCAAGGUGCGUAUCCAGACCCAGCCUGGGUACGCCAAUACUCUGAGAGAAGCUUUCCCCAAGAUGCAUUCCGAGGAGGGAGUAUGGGCAUUCUACAAGGGCGUUGCUCCUCUGUGGAUGAGGCAGAUCCCAUACACAAUGAUGAAGUUUGCUUGCUUUGAACGUACGGUUGAAGCCUUAUACAAGUAUGUCAUGCCGAAACCCCGAAACGAAUGCUCCAAAUCUGAACAGCUGGUUGUGACGUUCGUUGCUGGUUACAUUGCUGGUGUGUUCUGUGCUAUUGUUUCUCAUCCCGCUGACUCUGUGGUGUCUGUGCUGAACAAGGAGAAGGGCAGUUCAGCAUUCCAAGUCCUGCAGAGGCUUGGAUUCGUAGGAGUGUGGAAGGGCCUGGUUGCUCGUAUUAUCAUGAUCGGUACCCUGACUGCGCUGCAGUGGUUUAUCUAUGAUUCAGUGAAGGUGUACUUCAGGCUUCCUCGCCCUCCUCCCCCCGAGAUGCCGGAGUCUUUGAAGAAGAAACUUGGUCUGGAUCAAUAAACGCGUGGACUGGGCUCUAAGGCGUCCGUCCACACGACUUGCAGAAUUUAUAUUUAAUAUUGAAAGUAUCAUGUCUAUUGUUCCAUGAUGACAAAUCCAUAGAGGUCGGAGACGGAGUUGUUCUGGUUUUAUUACCUCAAGUCUCUGAAUAAAAACAAAUCCCAAGCUCUUAAAUGUGUAAAUUAUAGCAUUAUUUACAGCCUGUUUCACUAAUUGGUUUGAAAUAAUUAAUGCAAACCAAAACCUUGUUCCACUAUGUUUUAAGAGUUUGCAAUUGGGCAAUUUUUAAGACCAUUAUGGUCAAGUAGAUUUCAAUUUGACUUGAACAAAGCAGUUUGACUCAGACAAAUGAAGUGACAUGUCACCAAUACCAUUGUCUUGCUCUGUAUGUAUAGUUGCCUUUCUUUUCUCUUGAACACAUUGUGAUCUUGUGUGUGUUAGAUAAUGAAAGUGGAAAAUAUUAAACAUUUUAAUGCAGUUUUGUCCUUUUACAACAGAAUUUUCAGUGAUGCUAUUUUUGGGUUGACUAAUACAAACUGAUUUCUCAAAUGCAAAGGGUACUGUUGCCAUGUGUUUGUCUCUCUUUACCUCACAAGACUACAAUAUUGUAUAUUUGCAAGGGUAUGAAGGUAGGAAAUGUUUCUUGCAAUUUAGACUCAGCAAAAUAUUUUCAGUAACAGUUUGCCGUGUUUAAUGUGAUUGCUGGUGGAGGGUGGCUUAGCAAUUGUUUUUAUUGUUUCACCCACAAAAUAUACAGUCCAUUCAAUUUACAGUAUAUCCCAUGAAGCACUUUGAGACAUCUCAAAGAUGUGAUAAGGCGCUAUAUCAAAUGCAAGGAUUAUUAUUAGUAGUAAACAUGCUACCUUAGAUCCACCUUUGGGAUGUAUUUGUGCUGUUUUGCUGGUAGAUCUCAGUUCACUCUGGUCAUGGGGUCUCCAGUACAACUCCCAGAUUGCAUUCAGCAACUUUAGCGGUUGUACAGUCAGAGGUGCUUGAGUCAUUGGCGUGUGAGAGCAAUAUACCUGCCUAUUAGCCUGUAAUGUUGUGAUGUGAACGGCCUGUGCUGUUUCUACCAUCAGGACUCGGCUGGUUUGCAGACAUGAAUAUUGGAACACAUUUCUCCAAUUAAUUGUUGCAAAAACACAGUGGUAUAAAUCUUAGUUAACAGGAGAUCUAAAGUGAUCCUUUACUGGACAAUAAAUCCAACUGGUCUAAUAGCUGUUUAGUCACAUAAUGGGUGUAACUAGGUUCUUGAGUUUCUACUGUACCUCUGUGUGUUGGUGUUGAUAAUCGUCUGACUUGAUCUCUCGGGUUAUGAAAGAAAAACUGCAAAUACUGGAUCUCAGCAUCUAAAGUUAAAAACAAGUUAAUAUUUUAGGUUCUGAACAUAAAGAGCCCUUCACUACUUUUGGGGGGAACGUCAAGAUUUUGUUAAAACGAUUUCAUCCAUCACAAUCCAGCUGGUGGAAUUUCAGUAGAGGUUCAAGGAGAGACGGUAAUAAGAGUUACAUUCCAGUAAGCCCAUUUAGUUUAAAAAUAAAAUGCACAGUAACUGCUCUUUCAAGGUUUGUAUUCGUUACCUUUUUGAAAAUGAGUUAAUGGAGUGUUAUGUCAACUUAUUACUCAUUCACAUUAUAUUAAUCUGCUACCUCCUAGAUUUCCCUAUUUAUUUACUUUAAUUUGCCCAGGCUGCUGUGUUAAAGCACUUUUCUUUGUCUAAAUGCUAAUGUAGUUUAAAGUCGAAAAUCCCCAAACCCUAUUUAUGUCGAUGUUCUGUAAUGUUUUCUUCCUGCUGCAUACCAUGUUUGAGGUGUUCGUCUGUGCGGAAGAUUAGUUAGCUAAGAUUCAAUUGUAUUUAGAUCUAAUAUUAAACCUAAGCACUCUUGUUAAUGCCUGCACAUUGGCUUAUUUCACUCAUGUUUUUUGCUAAAUUGUUAAGUUGGUUCAGUAUUAAAAUAUAUCUGCAUAUA